UCACACAGGAGACUAGACUAGAUGAACUGGAAGCAGUGUGGGCUGUACAUAACAAGUACAAUCUAUCAGCUAAGGUAGUAUUUUUAGCUGACUAAUUUAGUCUCAUGGGGGAAAUGGAAUAUUCACUUAGCUGGCGAGAGACGCUUUGCCUUUGAUUCUGAGACAGCGUCUUUUCGGCUUCCGUCGACUACGCGUAAGCGCUUGACGUCAAAAUAACAACAACCUGUCAUGACAAAAAUCGAUUAAGAUUUGAUAUCAAAUUAUAUAAAUUCGGUUUCACCUGAAUGCAAGAUUCCUUCUAAGAGUACGUCAGAUCCAGGAGGGACAGGGCAUUCUUGAACCUGUCAAUUAGUCAGCCGAAGACACGGGGAACAGGAUAGGGAAGCAGGGCGAGGCAGGCCCCGCGGAGCCGGUGGAGAAGAUGGCUGGCAGCCCGGAGAAGAGUUCCACCGCGCAGGAGCUGAAGGAACAGGGGAACCGGCUGUUCCUCUGCCGCAAGUACCAGGAGGCUGCUACAUGCUACAGCAAAGCCAUUAACCGUAAUCCAUCGGUGGCAGUAUAUUACACCAACAGGGCUCUCUGCCAUGUCAAGUUGCAGCAGCAUGACAAGGCUCUGGCAGACUGUAAGCACGCGCUGGAGCUGGACAGCCAGUCAGUCAAGGCCCACUUCUUCUUGGGUCAGUGUCAUCUGGAGCUGGAGAACUAUGACGAGGCCAUCGGCAACCUGCAGAAAGCUUAUAACCUUGCAAAAGAGCAGAGACUUAAUUUUGGAGAUGACAUCCCCAGCGCCUUGCGCAUAGCCAAGAAGAAACGCUGGAACAGCAUUGAGGAGAAGCGCAUCAACCAGGAAAACGAUUUGCAUGCUUAUUUGACCAAGCUCAUACUGGCUGAGAAGGAAAGAGAACUAGAAGAAUACAAAGAGAAGCAGGAUGACAAUCAAAAUGGAGGUGAUGCUGCCAAGAUUGCAUCAAAACAUGACAAGUAUCUAAUGGACAUGGAUGAGCUCUUCUCUCAAGUGGAUGAGAAAAGAAAAAAGCGGGAAAUUCCAGAUUACCUGUGUGGGAAAAUCAGUUUUGAGCUGAUGAGGGAGCCCUGCAUCACACCUAGUGGAAUCACCUAUGAUCGCAAGGACAUUGAAGAGCACCUACAGCGGGUGGGCCAUUUUGAUCCUGUCACUAGGAGUCCCCUGACCCAGGACCAGCUGAUUCCAAACCUGGCCAUGAAGGAAGUCAUCGACGCCUUCAUCCAGGAGAACGGCUGGGUAGAGGACUACUGAAAGGACGCCCACUGCCCAUUUGUCUACAUAUCCUAAUUCUUAAGAUAAAGUCUGGACAACACAAGACUUUAGAGAACAGAUCACCCCUUGCCUGGAUAUGUACUUUACACAAGCCAGAAAAGCCACAUAAUGGACUACCAAAUGGGAGCCUUGUAUCUCGGUCUGCCUCUUUCUUCCCACAUUUUAUCUUUGCUGUCAAACGUCCCACUCUGACUUUCUGAGGCUGGGUAUCCAUGGCCUGCUGCUUCCCUCUUCAUUCCCCUCUUCCCAUACAUUCUCUCUUUCUUCUUCUCUGUCAUGCUGUUUCUGGUCUUUCAAGCCCGACUCCUUUCUUAACUCAAACUAAGGGGCCACAUUCUCAGGUCUCUCUUGCUCCCUUCCUGCUCUCUCUCUGUCUUUCUCUUUCUCUGAGUGCCACAAUCCUUGGAAAGUAUCAGCAUUGCACACCCAAUUUUUCACGAGUACCAUCUAUAUAACAAACAAAACUAAAAAAUUUACAUUUUGGUGGCAGAAUUCAUUAAGACUGGCAUUUUGUGUCAUUUACCGCAGUAUUUCAUAGUCAUUUAUUUCUUUUGAGAAUGGAACAUUUGCCCAUUUCAUAAUGUACAUUUACAAAAGUGGUAACUAAAAUGCCAAAUCACUAUUCUGAACAGGUUUGUAUGCAAGUUUUACAUGAUGCUAAUUUAAAAGAGUCACUGGUAAGUGACCUCCAGGUGGCGCUCCACACCUACCGUGCCACCAUACUGUCAGAUUUUCAGUAGAUUGUUAGGUUUUUCUUUCCCAUAUCAAUCACACCCCAUUAUACAGUUGAAAUGAGUUGAAUGUAUGCAUAAUAUUCUCUUUAGGUUUAGGCUCAACCUACAGUAAUUCAAAAAUCUUUGUAACGUUUUCAUGAAUAGCGGUCUUCAACUGGAUACUGGAUGAAGGGAAUGCGCCGCUGCAUACAAAAAAAAAUACGUUUUCACAUUGCUGGAACUGAAAAUAUUGAAAUGUUUGAAUUUUGAUAGGUGACAUCCGUUGUUUGGGUUGAUUCAGCUUUGAAAAACGGAUUGCGCUGUCUUCAUUGUUCACUGAAACAAACAUGCGUUCUGUCAUUGCGUUUGACUUGUGUUGUUGCCUGGAACGCUCAGAUCAACUAUGACUACAGUUUCUCUUCCGUUGCAAAGACAAGAGCAUUGGCUGUCACCUUCCUCGCCUUUUUGCUUUUAACUUUAUGCACCGUCUCCUCACAGUUUUAAGGAAAGUGGCUGCAACAGCUUAUGUAAACCAAUCAUUAGUGAGAAAGUAAAUUUUUGGAAAAUCCAGUUACCAAGAUUUCAGGUUCACUAGCAUCGCCGCACCAACCUCCUUUGUGUUAGAAAUGCUGGAAGAGUUCUGAUCACCUCAUCCAUACCUCAGUCUGCGUUGUCGGCAUGCUGGUUCACUGACAUUCUUUCUAAAACUGUCACUUCAGUGCUAGUGCUUUAUAGGUUUUUCUGCUGAGUGUGUGUCUGUGGUGAAUUAGGCCUGUGUGUGGUUUGUGUCGGGGUGCAGGCAGUGUAAAUAAUUUGCUUGUGUAUUUUAUCUCUUGACAAAAUAGGGUUCUUUUUUCCCCUUGAGAAACUGUAUUAAAUGUAGAUAUGUUGAUAGCAUAAAUGCCUGGUUCACUUUUCAUUUGUCCCCAUUAAACUGUGAACUUUC